AGGCUAACAGCAUGAAGAUGACACACGCUACAGAUUUAGGCUUCCUUGUUAUGAUACUGUGUGGCUUUGGAAUGUCACAGGCUGUAAAACAUGUCACAGUGAUGGAGGGCGAGAGAUUAACCCUGACAUGCAAGAAGUCACCGGGCAAUAUGGACUGGCAAAAUGAUAGAGAUGAAGUUCUAUUUUUCAACGAUAUAAAAGCUUACCAGGAUGACAGAUAUAGCAUCCUCAGCGUUACCAGUUCAGACUACACUUUAGCAGUGUCACCUGUGACUUUCAAAGAUGAGGGCAUGUACUCAUGCUACCAUUACAGCAGCAGCUUACCCAAAGUCACAGUAAAGCAAUACAAUGUGACCGUUUCAGCUGCCCCUGAAUAACAUUCACCAAACAUGGAGACAGAGAAGACUCCUCUCUGCACCAGCAGGAAAUGUACAAGCCUUUGAGCAAUAAUGAGGUCUAUAAAAUCACACAGUGUGCAUUGUAGAAUAAUGUAUUGCACGUAGCAUAUUUUUUGUGGUUUAUGAAUGGAUAGUCUGUAAGCACAUGAUGGUGCACUAGCACCCUUCAACAAAUAACAACAACAACAAAAACACUGUAAAAGAUAUGAAUGAAACAUGAUGCUAUAACAAAUCAUUUGAACCCUAUAAUUGAUGUUGUUGAAACUUAAUAAUUGUAUCAUUCGUUGGGAAAUACUACAUACUGCUGUAGCGAGUAAGUGGAAAUGAAUGCAGGAGGAGCUAUUGUUACGCAGGAGGAGGCAAACCAAAGAAACAAAGCUAAAGGGUGCACGCCUGACACCUAUCCAUCCCUUCUGCUGGCAUGGGCCUAAAUGGGGAAAUGUACACGAACAGGGACAAGUGAAAGCAAGGCCCGCAAUAGGCACUUAAAGGGCCAGCAGUGCAAAAGGAGCUGAGAAGCUCAGAGAUUGUCACAGUAGUCUAUUGUAAAUAUGGGCCAGUUUGAUGUCAACUCUUUCUGUGUAUAUGAUUUGAUGCAGGAAAAGCAUGAUGUGACUGAACUCUUCAGUCAGUAAUAUCCAGUCAAUAAUAUAGUUUUACUGGUCACCACAGAGUAGCAUUAUAUAGCUUGUACCUUUAUGUGUCAUAAUGUGAUUACUAUAAUAAACCUGAUCUUUUUGUCA